AGCCAAUCGACUAAUCAUUCCCCACGGCGUUCAACACCACCUCCUCCAGUCACUAAUAUCACAAACUUCUUUCCAAACCCAGAGUUUAUUCAAGGUUUAACCUCUCUUAUAGCUCGAGCCAUGCCCAGAAACUCGAGUACUGUACAAUUAUCAACGUCGUUUCCAACGAAUCCAACGGAACAUCCAGAUACUACUCAUCGUAACCUUGAAACGCACGCAGCAACAUCGCAUGCUACGUCACAACUACACCAUGCUUCUCCCCGUCGAGAGGAGUUAACUCGUAUAACCGCAAAUCCAUGGCAACAAUUGCAUGCAUCUUUCCGAUCACAUUUUAUCGGGGCUCAAGUUUGCCUUAUCCCAAAAGAAUCAAUCACUAAUAUUGUGCAAAAGGAUGAUGAAAUUGUGAAGGACUACUUAUCUCGGUUCAAUGACCGUAUUCAGAACAUGGAGCCCUGUCACCCUGAGACCCUACUAGUGACUGCAAUUGUCGGGUUGAGGCCCAAUUCGAUGUUUCGCUGGACCUUAUGUCAAAACAAGCCGGCGACCUUUCAAGAAUUCCUCGUACGAGCCCAACAAUUCAUUAUCGCCGAAGAGUCGAUGUCAGUUCCUAGUUUCGACUUCUCGGUGAAGGAGAACAAGGCUGAGUCGGAUGUAAAAAAGAAGAAUAAAAUGAAUUUUGGGAGAGCACAAUAUCGGAAUUACUCAAAAGGGAAUGAAGAUACUCCGGAAUCCAGGGCUGCCCGAGACCAAUAUGCCGACAACGUGAGGACAGGUUAUCAAACCGUUUAUUCGGCCGGAGCGGCUACCAUUUUCGAGGAACUGAAAGGAAAGGGGAUUAUUCCUGAUCCAAAACCGGUGAGAACAUCUGAAGACAAGCUGGACAAAUCUCGAUACUGUGCCUACCAUAAAUCUCCGGGACACAAUACCGAUGAAU